AUGUUCCAUUUUUUCGUGUUCUUCUUGAUCCUCGCCGUUAGCCAACGACCGACAGCGAAGGAGUGCUUGCAUCACCCCUGGCUGACUCGCCGCAGCUACAGGCGCCGCAAGAACCUGUACAAGCUGGCCGCGAAGCCGCCGUCCAUGCCGGCGUUGCCGUUCUACAAGCCGCCGUCGAAGCCGCCGUCCUUGCCGUCCCUGCUCCGCUCGUCCCACUUCUUCAUGCCCAGCAUGACACUGUCCACGCCGAGUCUCGUCACCCCAGUCAUGACCAUUUCGACGCCGUGUUUGCUCAUGAGCCCACUGGGCCCCCUGUCCCCGGUCAACUCCUUCCGCGUCGACUCCAGCUGUCACCGACUCGACGACCCCGCUGUGGCCUUCCAGCAAACCCUGGCUGCUAUUGCGAGAUCGAAUUCCGGAUCAUCAACGACGGUUCACAGAGUCCUGCCGGCCAGUGUGGUUUCCGUCAACGAGGAAGUUUCCAAGCAACACCAGGAUGUUGGAUCAGAAGACGCUGGAGCCUUGUCCCAGUCCUCUGACCUGCCACUGUCUCAGCCCCGUAGCUGCAUCGAGCAUCAGGAUAAUUACGUGUCCCAGGACAGCGCUAUUGAAGAAGAUCGUUCGGAUCUCGAUGAUGCUGAUGAAGAGAAGUCUGUGCAAUCGCAAGCUAGCACCGACACGACCACCGCCAUCACCACGAACAACAUCAACAACAAUAAUAAUAACAACAACAAUAAUAAUAACAACACCACCACCAACAACAAUAUCGAGAAAAAAACCGUGACUAUCGCGCAAGAAGAACUUGCAGUGCGAUCCGCGAGUUUCGAGAAGCUUCUCUCGGGUUUCAUGCAGCGACUCGGUCAACAGCAGAACUUCGACGAGACAGCAAAGCCCUGCAAAAUCAUUCUCGACAAGGACGAAGAAAUGAUGCAAUUGCCAAUAAAGGACCGCGUGCACUGCUGGGAAGGCCUGGCUGGCAACAGACGCGACGUCGUCUACGCUGCCCAGCCCGUCGCAGUGAUCGAAGACGACGCUGCCUUGGACGACAGUGAAGCUUCCAGCACAUGCAGCAGCAGCAGCACUGUGACUGAACAACCCCGUCGGGACUGCGACUCCACUGAAGUCGACAUCGACGUCGAAGCCGAAGCCGAAGCCAUGAUCGCUGACGAGAACGACGACGUUUUCGAAGACGCGGAUAACACUGCUGCGAACACUCCUGCUGAUGCUGCUGUUGCUCCUAUUACUGUGACGACAGCGACAUCUUUGAAUGAACAGCGGAAGCGUUGCGUGAGUGAACGCAGCAGCAGUGACGCUGUCACCAUGAGCAACAGCAAAUCGGAGGCUGAGGCUGUUGCUGCUGGGAAUAAAAGCGAGCAAUUCAAACCCUCGUCGCCGUUGCCCGUGCGACGAUCCAGCAUGCCCAGUGAUCUGGAAGAGUCUCAGCAACAACAGCAACUGCAGCAGCACCAGCUGCACCAUCUACACCAUCAACAGGGCAACUUGCAGCAGAACCCCGGGGUGACGCAAUCCCUGCCUGUAUUCCGUGCCGAACCACUUCAUCAGCAGCAACCACUCAAUGUUAUGGUUGAUGCUCCCGAAAUGCCGCAAAACGCUUCUUCCGCCACAGCACUAGCUGAUGCGAAGAACUCAAAGCAUAUUCUCUUUGUGGAUUCCUUGCUCAUCCGCGUUUUGCCCUUGCUUUCGUUCGUUAUGACCCAGGUGGAGGCGAUUGCUCAGCGACUCCGCCAGCGCCGCCUUAGUGUCCCAGCCGGCACCCGGUAUUGGGGCCGCAUCUGCAGCGGGUCUUACGCCAAGGCCCUCGAGAGCUUCAAGAAAAAGUGCUCCCAGUUCGAGUCAGUCAACGAGGCGGCGGAAGAGGACUCGCAACUCUUGAUGAUGAUGCCACCACAACACCAGUCAUUGGAACAACCGACGGAGUCUGCCGAAAUGAACCUCGGUUUCCUGCAACCGUCGCCAGAGGACAUCAGGAACAAUAAGCGCGUCAACAACAACACCAACAAACUCUUUAUUCCCUCGCCGAUGACAACGAGCAGCAGCAGCAACAGCACCUCGAAUCCGUCUCUGACGGACGCCUCGUCUUCGGGCCUCAUCACUGCUGACCUGCCCAAGAAAAACACCCACCAGGGCCGAAGCGUUGGUAACCUUUCUUGCGAUCCCGACGACCACGAACAACAUCCGGGCUUCGAACGAGCGUUCAGGCAACUGUCGCUCGACAUUCCGCCCGGGAAGUGA